AUGCCUUCUUGCCUCAUCAAGAGAGUCCGUUAUCCUUUCCCUCGGCAAUUGCGCUCGAUCGAUGCCCACGGUUUUUCGUUGCCUUUGAUCGACUCUUAUCUUGCUCGUGAGUGCUUGGGUUCCUUCGCCUGUUUCCGCCGUCCAGAAUGGGUGCGCCCGUCGACGCGAUAUUUUCGCCCGUUCUCGCCGACCAGAGCGUAUUCUCGCCUUAAAAAGGAAUCUAAGCCUUCGGUUGACCAGAAGCUUCGAUGCUGGUCCCAGUCUGGUUUGCUGAAGGCCGCGUGUCAGCUUCCGGAGGUUACGUCAGCGAGUUGGGCCCAAGACCCUUCCGCGGCUGAGGGAGCCGCGGCGACUGGCCAACGCGACUUUGAGAUAGAGAAGAGAAUUUACUUGGAGCUUUGCAGUCAACUUCAAAAUCAAUAUAAGAAGAAAAGUGGCAAAGUUCAAGCGGGCAAGGGGCUCGCUCGGGUUGAGAAGGGAAAUCGCGCGAGAGAAAAGGACAGAGUGGAUCAUGGUGGCUCGGCGCGCAGAUGUGAGCAAAAAAGCGGAAGUGGUUCAUCUGACGAAGGCAAUUCGUCGAAUCUAUCCGAAUCGACCAGAGAGGGCAAUUGGUUAGACAGGUAUUGUCAGGAAGACUGGGAUUCAUUUAGAAAAGGGUUCAGAGAGAAGGUGGAUUUAUUUGAAAGGGAAAGAAGUGCCAAGGGAUCUUUCGAUUGGUGCAGUCCGCUUGAAGAAUCUGAGAUCGAUUUUUGGCGCCAGCCGUUUCCUUGGGAUACCAAGGUGAUAGAGUUGUCCAGCUUGCUAGUUGGAAACGGAAACGCCGAGAAGAGUCAAUUGGAGUUUGAGGAUUGUCUGGGUGGCGCUCCGAAGGUGAAUAAGAGCAACGAUCUGUCAGGACACCUGAAGAAGGUUGAGUUUUCUUUUCACCAAUACCAAAGAGAAGCUAUUAAUGCGACAAUGGCUCAUCAUCACUUAUUGUUGGCGCUUCCUACCGGCGGUGGGAAGACGCUUUGUUAUGUUGUUCCGGCUUGUCUUGAGUUGGGUUUGACGGUCGUUGUUUCACCUCUGAUUUCCUUGAUGAAUGACCAGUCGCGUCGACUUGCAGAACGUGGGAUUCGGUCGGCGAUAAUUUCGAGCCAGUUGACGAGUCACGAGCUAGCCGUGCUUUAUCGGACCAUUGGCGAAGGUGCAUCAGAGUUGAAGAUUUUGUUCGCGACGGCCGAGCGUGUGGGGAAAAGCAGGAGGUUCAUUGAGGUAUUGAGCGAAGUGCACAAAAAAGGUCUGUUGAGGCGUUUUGUAAUAGACGAGGCGCAUUGCAUUAGUGAAUGGGGACAUGAUUUUCGCCAAGACUAUCGAAGGUUGUCGACGUUGCGACGGAGAUUUCCGUCCGUUCCUGUGGUUGCAGUUACGGGAACAUGUACUCCGGUGGUGCGAAAGGACAUUUUGGAGCAGUUGUUGCUUGUAGAUCACGGCCAAACUUGCCAUGUGAUUCAAGAUUCAUUUAAUCGGGCCAACUUAUGGAUUCAGGUUUGCCGAAAAUCGAAGCAAACUCCUAUGCUCGACAUUCUGAAGUAUAUUGUGAACCACGGAUAUGAGCGAGCGUGUGGCAUUAUCUAUUCCAUGACGGUUGCUCAGACCGAGAGGCUAUCCGCGUUCCUUUCCAGACACGGAAUCAAUGCAAUACACUAUCACGGAGGGAUGAGUAUGAGCGAAAGAGCCAUCGCCCAAAAAAGUUGGGAGACGAGCGAGGUCAGUGUGAUAUGCACGACGGUUGCGUUUGGUCUUGGAAUCGACAAGUCGAAUGUGCGAUACGUUCUCCACAGCGAGAUUCCCACAUCAUUGGAAUGUUACUACCAACAGAUAGGCCGAGCUGGGCGGGACGGAGAACUCAGCGACUGCAUCUUGUUUUACAGUCCUCUUGACAGAGUGAAAAUCGAAAAGAUUACUGGAAUUGACUACGCGACGCGGAAGAGGAAGCCGGUCAAUGCGCUGGAUCAGAAACGACGCGACGAUAACCUCGAGUCUGUCGGUUUGGACCGAGAACGACGAGACAAUAAUUUUUCUCGAAAUUUGCAGAAUUUGCAUGAACCAAAUCAAACGGAGGACGGGCGUUUCUUCGAUCCCUCCCCGCGUGACGAUGAGCCUAUAAGCUAUUUCGACGAUGCUUAUGACCCUUGUCCGAGUACAGCUGAGUCUGUUGACGAGUCAGUCAGGACGAUGAAGCAAGAGAAACUCGAUGACCUGACGCAGUACUGUCGUAAUACGAGGGUGUGCAGACGGGUUCAGUUGAUGAGCUAUUUCGGCCAGGCCUUCGAGGCCAGCGAGUGUCGCGGCCAAUGUGAUGUCUGCGCCCCUAAGAAAAAAAGAGUCAUAUCAAAAUUUACACCGGCAGGUUGCGCGAACUUAGAAAGGCUGAUUGAGGAUCGGGCCGUGCGGGAGAGGAGUACGGCCACCCUUGUGCUAUCCCCUGCUAUUGAGAGACUGCAAAAGAACACUUCGCAAUUUCUGGAGAGCAUGAGAGACGCUUCUGAGAUGACGGAGUCUGGCUCGCCCAAAAACAAGUCUCCGAUGUAUUUUAUCGCAGAUCUGCGCCAGAACGAUUCUACUAGUCUGCCAAGCACCAUGGUCGAGUUGCACCGGAGCAUCAACAAGGUUUUGAGAGACAAGGUUACGCUGAGGCUGAAUAAGGCAGAAGACAAGCGUCGUAAACAACUACAGGCUCAGAGAGAGAAAAAGCUGAAAAGGUCGCAGGAGAGAAAGGCCGAACUGGAAGUUUGCGACCAGGAGGGCGUGGUUAGAACAAAGAUCAGAAGGGGAUAG